AUGGCUCCCCGAUGCUUUAUUAUCCGCCACGGCGAGACAGAAUGGUCGCUUAAUGGCCGACACACCGGUCUCACCGAUCUACCACUGACGGCUAAUGGAGAGAAGCGCAUUCAAGCAACAGGCAAAGCCCUCGUCGGAAACGACAGACUAGUUGUUCCCAAGAAGCUCGUUCAUGUCUUUGUCUCACCCCGCGCCCGCGCCCAGCGCACCCUAGAGCUCCUCGAGCUUGGCUGCCGGGGCCAAGUGCCUUGGAUCGAACUGGGGAAGCCUGAACACAAGGAGGCGAUUCGGACCGAGGCCGAAAUUGAGGUUACGGAGGCGAUUAGAGAGUGGGAUUACGGGGACUAUGAGGGGUUGACGAGCAAGCAGAUCCGCGAGCAGCGGGCUGAGAGGGGCGAGGGGCAGUGGAAUAUUUGGACCGAUGGAUGUCCCGGUGGAGAAUCCCCCGAGGAUGUCGUUCGCCGCCUUGACGCACUGAUCGACGAGAUCAGGAACAAAUACCAGCGUCCUUGUUUCGAGAACCCGGAUGACCCCAAGGGCGAUGUCCUUAUUGUUGCGCACGGCCAUAUUCUGCGUGCUUUUGCCAUGCGCUGGACUGGAAAGCCGUUGACGGAGACUUCACUGAUUCUCGAGGCUGGUGGUAUAGGCACACUCAGUUAUGAACACCAUAACAUCGAUGAGCCAGCAAUCAUUCUCGGUGGUCAAUUUGUGGUGGAGUAA